UGGGUACACUACAGUUUUCAGGAUCCUUUGACGCGGUGACUUGUUCACCCAAGCAACUAGGCCUAUUCGUUGAUGGAAUGAGUUCAUAUUGGAAUGCUGGAAAACUAUUCGUGCCUUAUUAGUGAGUGUAGAUUGACCUAGCGCGCAGUAGUUUUGGAUAUCAUGGCCGUUGAUAAUCAGACAGUUGUGUACAUUUCAGAACAGAUAGUUAUUUUGAUUUCGUGUGCCCUGUCUUUUUUGGGCUCUUUACUUAUUAUCUGUACGUACAUCAUUUGGCCAGAUUUGAGGACAACGCCGAGAACACUUCUGGUCUACUUGUCCGUGGCUGACUUUUUGUCUGCGGGCUCGUACGCAUACGGAGUUUGGAGUGUCUUUGAAUCAAACUCUGUGGAUUGCGUCGUUCAAGGAGCGAUAUCUACUUUCGCCAACACAAGUUCGUUUUUCUGGACUGUCGCUAUCGCUAUAUAUCUGUACAUUUUAAUCGUCAAGUCGAAUCAAAGACAAGCUGACAGCUUCGUGUUAUGUUUUCACGUUAUCAGCUGGGGCAUCCCUCUAGGUAUCACAGUAGCAGCUCUGUCACUGGGCCGUAUUGGCUACGAUGCAUCGGAGGUGUCUGUGGGCUGGUGCUGGGUGAGUAUCCAGGCUCCAGACCAUGUCCUGUGGAUGCUGCUCACUGGGAAGAUAUGGGAGUUCCUGGCCUAUCUCACCCUUCCCGUUCUCUAUGUCCUCAUCAAGAAGCACAUCCACAGAGCGCAUGCGGCUCUGUCUGAGUACCGGCCCAUCCUGGCCUGCAGUCCUCUGUCCCUUUCCAAUAUGGCCGACAGGAAGUUGACCCUUAUCCCCAUCAUCUUCAUCGCCCUGCGUAUCUGGAGCACCGUGCGCUUCCUGCUGAUGCUGACUGACUCCCCCGCCAGGCAGAACCCUGUGCUCGUCACUCUACAUGGCAUUGGGAAUACCUUCCAGGGAGCUGCAAACUGUAUCAUGUUUGUCCUGUUCACCCAGCCAAUCCGCUCCCGUCUCCUCACCAUGCUCUGCUGCUGCUCCUGCAGGGUCGGGUCUGGGGCCUCCCUCAUACCUUCCAACACAUCCAACCACAGUGGUUUGGUCCUGGAUGUGGAGACCCCCUCACAACCAGAGGACAUCCCCAAUACCAGCCCUCGUGGCUGGCCGGACGGCUGCUGACCCUGGGUCUGAAUGGAUGGACGGAGCACACUCGCACCCUGGCUGGCUUUCUGAGACACUUUUCACAAUAUUGAGCCGAGCUGUACUUGGCUGGCCUGGUUCCACAUCCUCUGCUAUAGAUGCCUGGUGCUGUGUGAAAGGAGAACAUCAGAGUUAGCACUGUAGUGUGAAAAGGGCAGGUCUAAUAAUGUGGGGGGGGGGGGGGGGGUUGGAAACAAGCUUCCUUACUGCAGUCCACUCAUUAAUGCAAGUGCCCCCCCCCCCCCCCCCAAGGGAGGGUCGCAAAUUCUGCAGACGUGUGCACGUUGUACGGCCUCUCCUGACAGGCCACACACUCAACAUGCACUUUAGGUGAUGAGGAUAAUUAAAGCACGCAUGUCGUUUUUAUUUGUUGGUUUUUUUUGGAAGAGAUUCCUUGCUGUGCUCAGUCACUAGCAUUGGACACAUUGGACCAUCCAUAAGGGUGAUCGCCAAGGUCAUUCUAGUGGGGAAGUUGUACAUAGGGGCUCUGUUCAAAAGUUGUGCACUAUAUAGGGUGCCAUUUAGGAUGCACAUGUGGAUGUAUUUUUAAGGGGUUUUUCCAAGGCAACAUUUUAUAUUGUUCUUACUUAUCGGUGUCUUCCUAUUCUUGUAUUAGAGCAACAGACACUGCACAGUGCAAUUUAAUAUUGUUAUUUUUAUACCGGGUUAUCGUUGAGUUUAUAGCAUUGUUUAACAAUGUACUUUGUAUCUCAAAUUAAAUGUUGCAUCUACUGUUUUGGUAAAUGGCACCAUAUCACUACUACCAAUGACGUUUACAAAAGCCACAACCUACUGAAAGAUGGCGUGGAAUUUGGCUGUACGAAGAGUCUAUGUUCUGAAAAGGGCUCUCACGCAACAUGGUAUAUUGGUAAAGAGGAAAGUAAAAGUUGUGCCUUAUCAAUAGCCUUCUACUUUGCCAAAUCUCUUUCUACUUUAUUUUUUAUUACUGACGUUUUUUGAAAUGUAAAUCAUAAUAAAGACUAAUAAAUCCACUAAAGACUGA